CAGAAGAUACUAUUAAUUGGGUGGUACAAUCUGAAUAAUUGUAUUUAUCUCCCUGUUUCCAGUGCAGAGAGGUGAGGAAUGAAAACUUGGUGGGCCACUGUGGGGUGGCCACCGCAUCUCUGAUCCCAAGGGAAUUGGGAGUUCCUCACUUUUCCUGAGGCCAACCAUGGAGUGUCCAAUUCUGGAUGGAACCUCCCAAGAAGACCCCCCUCCAGUAUCAGCUCUUGAGAGACAGAUCAGGCGACGAAAGAUCAUCAUAUACAGACCCGGCGCAGAGGAGCAAGGAUCCCCCAUCCUACGGCAGAAGCCUCAAGACAGAGGUGGAACAUCUCCCUUGCCUUGUGGGGAUGUGGGGCAGUCGCCCAACAAGAGGCAGCGACUUCAGCAGGGCUCACCCCCAGGGAGGGAGAAGAAUGAUGGGAGCCCUGGCGGCAAGGUGGGAGAGACCCUGUGGCGUGUGGCUUCUCCCAUGGAGAAGAAGCAACGGAAGGUGCUGGCGGUUGACUUGGAGGACUUUUCUACCACCCAAGUGCCUGAUCUACAAGGGUGCUCAUCCUCUCAAAGACCUACUGUGCCUCCUUACACAAACUCGAACCAUGCAGGGACUUUGACGGAAGACAGUGCCUCCUGGUCAGCAAAGAGCCAAAGUAGUACCACAUACAGAUCAUCUCCUCCCGAGUUGGGCUCUCAGGAGAAGUUGGCUCAUGCGUGUCGGCAGCUAUGGGACCAGAAGCUCUCUCCCCCUCGGAGCCAUGAGUCUGAGCGCCUGCAGGUCAAGAGGCAGCGUCUGCAGAAGGGCUUGUCCCUACCCGGCAGUGUUGAGGGGAACAGGGCUUCCCCACCGACAAAGGCUCCUCAGCAAAUCUUGACCAUCCGAGUGGAGGACCCUUCGCCGGACCAAGUCCUGGAUGCCGGCGCUGGCAAGGAGCAGCUGGAGACCUCCCCACCCCCUUAUCGGAGCGAUCAGCUGACACUGCCUUGUCGACCAUCUUCUCCAAAUGUGGAAAAGCUGACCCCUUCAGACCCGUCCUGUGAGCACAGCCAACGAACAGACGUGCUGCCUGAAGCUGCUGAAGCGCCCUCCUCCUGGCCCCCUUCGACCUCUGCUCUUCUGCGUCCGUCAGUGGUCCCCCGUUUCAGGCCUUGGAGCCUAGCUCCAGUCCUACAGAGCAUGCGUUCAAAACUAGAGGCCUUUGCUGACAUCUUCCUGAGCCCGUCCAAGCCUUCCGCCCCGUCCUCUGAGGUGCCAUCUUCCCUGCUGCCUUGCCUUCAGGGAAAUGCGGACCAGACCACUAAUCAGCCGGGAACCCCGCGCCGAGGAGUCAACAUUGAGGUGAAAAUAGCCAUUUCAGAACCACGGCCCCGGAAGAGAAGUUGUCUCUGUGCGGAGGAGGAGGAGGAGGAGGAGAAAACCGGCAGCGUGGUGGUGAGUGGGCGGCCUCCCAUCCGCCAGUGGCGCUUGAACGAAGGGGAUCCAGAGCCGCAGCUUCAGCCCCGCCUCGGACGUAGCUUCUCCUGCCCUGAUUUCCCCGGCUCCUGUUCCUGGCAAGCGUCUCCGGUGGCCGUUUCCCCUUCCUUGCAGCUACGACAGCGCCGGCACACCGUCUGCAGCCUGGAAGUGUCCCGGGAGCUGGGCUGUCCCACCCUGCCCUGCCUGCGUAAGGAGGUGUACCCUUUCAGCACCCCCCCUGCCCGCCUCUUGGCCCACGCCGCACAUUGUGAGAACGGCUCCUACUCUUCCCCUGCGCCUUCCUGCUGCCGUGAAUCUGAAGCAACUCAUUCCAGGGACAUCUCCCCUUCCACAGAUGUUGGACAGAGGGUGCCCGGGGUUGGCCUGGGCGUGGGUGACUCUGAGCUGGUCGCGUCGGAGCAGAUGAUGCUUUCAGGGGACGAGAUGAAGAUCUCCCAGGACAACACCGUUGGGAAAGUAUCUUGCAUACGGAUCCGCAAGACCCCAGCCAGGCAGCAAGCAAAUCUCACUCCAAUGGGGCUUCCCCGGCCUGUCAGGUUGAAUAAGAAAGAGUUCAGUCUGGAAGAGAUCUACACAAAUAAGAACUAUCGCACACCCACAGAGAAGAGGUCAUUUGAGACCAUCUUUGAGGUGCCGCUGGAACGCAACGGGGCUCUCGUUUUUACCAGCCAGCGCAAAUUGAAGCGGGCCAUGGAGUUUCGAGAAGGCGGCCUUCGCCGCAAGCAGCGCAAAGCCCGCGCUCGAGGGGGACGCAAGGCAGGAGGGCGACGGGCUCAGGCUCAGCCUCCCGAGCUGGAGGAGAUGCUGCAGCAGCGGUUGGCUGAGCUGGAUGCCCUGUUUGAACAAGAAGAAGAGCUCUGAUCACAGCCAACAUCUGUCCAGAGGAAAGGGCAACAACCCUGGGGGCUCUUGCUUUCUUUCCUCCCCCCCUCCAGCCUUCCCUUUACUAGUGAGAGGUUGGUUUGCUUCAAGCCACCAAGCCAACGUUACCACUCCAGGCUUCUAUGGUUCACUUUAUUCUCCAUGCCUCCAAUCAACUGAUCUUCCCUGUGGCUAAAAUCUCCAUUGAGCUGUGGAGGUUGCUACUAGGAAAAUGGGGGUCAGGAUUCACUUGGGGUCAUCUGUCCAAUCACUAUGCUGCCUGCUUUGGCACCAUGUCAGUCUCCUCUUGCUCAGUUCUCCAGCUUGUUCGCAGGAGGGGAGAGAACAAUUGUGGUACCCAGGAGUUUCUGUACUUUGCACUUGGUCUCCUGCGCACAAUCAGACCACCAGUGAGUGCCUUGCAGGGUACAGUUGAGGGGAGCAUGUAGGUCCAGUGGUCUCUGCUCUCGUGCUGUCAGCUAGAGACUUAGCCCCUUGUGAGAUGGCCCUGUCUGUGGGGAGUAGGUUGCCUACGUAUGGGGGUUGCCAUCUCCUUCCAACCAAAAUAUGAACACAACAGGUCACCCGACAGAAUGGAUGGGACAAGAUAAAGGAAUUACGGGGAAGCAACAACAGGAGUGUAUUUGUGAGGCUGGGAGGUGAAAGGUGGGGAAGAAGGAACGGUGUGUAUCAAGAGAAUGGGGAAAUAGGUCUCUCCUCUCCCGUUGUUAAAGCCUGGGCAGUCAGCUGGAAAUCCAUUGAAGGUCUCAGUCCUGGAUCGGGCCCCCAAUGUUCCAAAUUUAGAUUAGAUUGCAGAAAUGGCUGUUAGGCACGAGGGGUGGUUUUUGUUUGUUUGCAGUUUUGUAUUAAUCUAUAUUUCUAAUAAACUUAUCAGCUUGGGGAGAAAAGUAA